AAGGGUGAUGCCUCGAGAGCGCAUCACAGCACGACAAAACCCCACUGCAAGACGCAGUGCCAGAAUAGAGCAGCUUUGGCACGAGAGCUGGUUUCCUGUAGUUGAUAGGAGGAGAGGGGAGAUCGUCUCUAAGAAUCCCCAAACAUACUUCUUAUCAUGCUGGAAUCCUCAUCUUUGCUGGCUCGCGUACAGAGGCAAUGUAGUGGAGAGGAAAAGGGGAACUCCACCGGUGGAGAGAUCUGGGGAUGCAUGGACGCGGCUAUGGGUGAUUAAUGCCAUGUUGUAGCUGCACAACAAGACUGGAUAUGCGCUCAAAAAGUGGGGAUAAGUGAGUUUCGGGGCCCACAGGAUGGACACUGCGGAUGUGAUUCUCUCUGUGUUGGUGGUUGUGAUUAUCUUAGUGUCGUUGCUGUCCAACGUCCUGGUGCUGAUCUGCUUUCUGUACAACCCGGAGAUUCGCAAGCAGGUCCCCGGUCUGUUCAACCUCAACCUCACCUUUUGCAACUUGUUGCUGACUGUGUCUAACAUGCCGCUCACUUUGGUGGGACUUGUCAGUAAGGCUCAGCCGGGAGGAGACGGCUUCUGCCAGAUCGUGGGCUUCUUGGAGACCUUCCUAUCCACCAACUCGAUGCUGAGCAUGGCAGCUCUGAGCAUCGACAGGUGGAUCGCGGUGGUGUUCCCCCUGAGGUACCACUCCAAAAUGCGCCAUAAAGACGCGGCUUUUGUGCUUGGGUACACGUGGGCACACUCCAUGUCCUUCUCCACGGUGGCCACCUGCCUCUCCUGGGUGGGAUACCACCGGUUUUACGCGUCCUGCACCCUGUUCAACCCGAGGGCGAGCAGUCGGACACAGUUUGUUAUCUUCACCGUCUUUUUCCACUCCUUCACCUUUCUCCUGUCUUUAAUAGUGCUGUGUGUCACUUACCUCAAAGUGCUUAAAGUGGCAAGGUUUCACUGUAAGAGGAUCGACGUUAUUACAAUGCAAACUUUGGUGCUGCUGGUGGAUAUACACCCCAGUGUUCGCCAGCGUUGCCUGGAAGAGCAGAAGAGGAGACGACAAAGAGCGACAAGAAAGAUCAGCACCUUCAUCGGCACUUUCAUGCUCUGCUUCGCUCCCUAUGUGAUUACAAGGAUCGUGGAGUUAUUUCCAGCGGUGCUUAUUAAUCCCCACUGGGGAAUUGUCUCCAAGUGCUUAGCUUACAGCAAGGCAGCCUGCGACCCUUUUGUGUACUCCCUGCUCCGACACCAGUACAAGAAGACUUGCACUGACAUCAUCAACAGGCUGCUGAAGCGUAGCUCCUUGAAUACAUCCGGGCGCAUGCCUGAGAACCAAGUCAACAGCAUAGCACCUGCAGAGUGACAGGGAGUGGAAUGAUACAGUCUGAGGGUUGACCCGGCAACUGUUAGGGAAAUAUGAGACUGAUUUAUCGUCGAUGAAGAAGAUAACAAAUAUCGGAUGUUUCCGUCCACGUCUGCUUGAAUUUGGUCUGACAAGCCAAAAAAAAAAAAAAAAAAAAAAAGACUACAGACAAGGGCAAAUCCCUGCACAGGAAUACUGAAUACUGAGUCCCCAGAGCAGCAGAUAAGUGCAGUGAACUUGUGAGGAUUUUCGGCAAUUCGGCAGAUUUCACAUCCACCUGGAGAGACAGAUGUGCUCAGCCAAGAAGAACGGCCAGUUCAUAGCCUCAUUAUUCCAACUAGCGUAGCUUUCAGUCUGAUGUAAGAUACAGUAUAUUGAGUUUGUUUUACAUAACUGUAGUAAAUGCUCAUUAUCUUAAAGAAAAAAAGGAUAGGGAAAGACUACUGUAUGUCUGUUUUAGUCUGUGCCAAGUGUUUGCAAGUGACAAGUUGAUACGUUCAACACUGUAUGUAGCACUGAAAACUAGCCUAACCAAAACUUGACAGUCCCCAAAU